CGGAGCGGGCCCGCCACGGAGCCGGCAUGGACGGGGCGGACGAGGAGCAGCAGCCGGAGGAGCGGGCGGCCAGAGGGCUUGGAAUGGGCUAUGAAUGCCAGGAUGAGAGGGAGAACAUGCUGCUGAAUACAGAGCACCUUGUGGUGGAUGCUGAUGCUGUUGGUGACCAUGGCGCAGAGAGCAGUGUGCUACCUGCAUUCCCAGGCACAAUCCGACAAGAAAUGGUUGAGGACAACUUGGGAAUAGAAGACAGGAAUAGCUCUGUAAAGGAGGUGGAAGAAGAUGAGGGAUGCAGCAGCCUGCAGGCAACUGGGUCCUCUUCCAAAGGCUCUGUUGUCCUUGAUGGCCAGCAUGACUUUGCCUUGGUGUAUGAGCAACCAUUGGAUUUCUGCAGUGACACGAAGGUUGGAUUAGCACAGAAGCCCACAGGUCAGUCACGGUCACAAGAGCACUCUGAGAGUUACUGCCCUGGUGAGAUUGAAAAGGAGGCAAAGAAGGGAAAAACUAAGCAAGCAUCCAGUGGAGUGGCUGGAGCUGCCUGCAGGCAGGAGGAGAUCGGCCUGGCCCCUCACCGAUCCAAAAGUGCUCCAGCCAGGACUGCAGCUCAGAACUCCUAUGAGGACUCUUCAGUCCUGGACUCCAGAGGCAGCUGUGAUGUGGCCAAGAGAAAAAAAUCCUUACCUGUCAAGAAGAAACCCCGCACCUUCUAUAGUGCAGAACAGCUAGAAGAGCUGGAGAAGAUGUUCCAGGAAGACCACUAUCCUGACAAUGAGAAGAGGAGAAAGAUUGCAGCUGUGGUUGGUGUGACACCACAGCGUGUCCUGGUCUGGUUUCAGAAUCGCAGGGCAAAGUGGAGGAAAUUGCAGAAGUUGAGCAUAAAAGGCAACAGAAAAUAUCCAGCAUCAUCAGCUCUGUCAGUCCCCUUUGGAUCAGAGGGCUAUGGGGCAUCUCCUCUGCCUGUGCCUCCAUUGCCUGACACUGCUGGAGACCAGCCUGACAGGAUGGGAGGAGACCCUGGAGCUGAGAACUCCUCCAGCCUGCUCAGCACACACCCUGCAGCACCCACCUCUGCCUCAGGAAAUCCUUUGUUUCAUGUGUUUGCCUUGCUGAGGACACCUGUCUGGAGCCCAGCCUGUGCAGCCUCCUCGAUGGUAGGAAUGUUGGCACCCUGUGAAGCACAAGCUCAGAGCAAGGCGCUGCACUUCAGUCCCAGCAGCGUGGAGUGCUUCCCUAAUCUUCCCAGCCCUCCUCCCAUCCGCAGGGCCAGCCUGCCGCUCAGCCUAGCCUUUGACCCCCACAGCCACAUUGUUCCCCUGAUGCUGGACACGCCCAGCAGUGAAUGCAGCAUGGCCAGUCAGGAAAAUGGCUCCACGGAAUCCGUCUCUUACAGCGACCAGAAUCAAGGCUUCAGUUCACCAGCUUCCUGCCCUUGUCUGGAGCAGCUGGAGCCUGCAGACAACCUGGAGGCCACCUACUGUCAGUACAGCAGCCAGGGGGGAAUCUGUCAGCUCUCCCAGUUGUGUCACCAAGGUCACCGGGCCGGCAAUAUGUUCUCCAGUGACCACCUUCCUCCUCCAACACCCCUAGAGUCCCAUCCAGCUUUCCCUGACUUACCUGGCAACAGUGGAACCAUAACCUGCGGAGCCACACAAGGCUAUGUACAAAACCACGCAGGGGCACCAGUCAUGCCACAGCAGCCAAGUGACAAUUCAGCAGAUAUCCCUGCCUAUCCAGCUGUGCCCUGGAGUGAUUUCUAUGUGCAGGGAGCUCCUUUCUCCGAUCAGUUGCAUUCCCAAAUGACUUUUUCUAGCAUGGCAGGAGGGCAGUACUUCAGAGAGCCGUAUCUCCUUCAAGUGCCCAACAGAACAGUACUGGAAUUCAUGCCACAGACUGGAAGACAAAAGGGAGUGACACCACCAGAGCAAAGUUCCUACCAGAGCUACCAAACAGAGGCAGAGCUGGCAGCACUCGCUGAAAAAGAGGACUUAGAGAGGAGCGGCAAGAAAGGAGAGACUGAAACUGAAGAAGAAACUUAUGACUGAAGCGGCACUCUGAGAAAAAAAGGAAGAGGAAAAAUUGCUAUUUUAAACUCUGCAAAACAAGAGUCAAAAAGAGACAAGGAUAAUAUUAUUUGCAACAGAUGCACUUUUUAAUUUAUUUUUUUGGUUGUAUUUUUUUUUUCUUGUUGCCAUGGUUAUUUUCUUGCUGAAGAAAGAAGCAGGGAUAUUUCACUCAAUCAGAGUUCCUGCCCUGUUGCCCUGUCUUUUUUUUUUUUUUUUUUUUUUUUUUUUGCAAAUCUCCUGGCUUUAUUCUUCUUAACAAAUUCUAAUAAAUUCUAAUCUUGACCAGCCCUCAGACAGGAAAGAGGAGACAGGAGCCAGAGUCCCAUGGGUGAAAAUUUCAGAUCAUGCAGGUGUCAGAAGGUGUGGCUGUCCUGGAAUACACAAGAAGAUAAACCAGAAGGAAUAAGAUAUAUGCAAAACAGGAGGAGAAACUCUAGCAACUAGGACUCCAGACCGCAAAAGAAGUGUCAUUGGAAGUCCACCACUCAUUUGGUGCUAGCCUUGAACUACUUCUAAAAAAAAUAUUUUUGUUGUAAAACUAUAACAAUAAACAGCAGCAAGACUGUAACUGUAAAUGCUAGUAGUGUAACCAGAUCCCUGUCUAUUAUUAAUUGCUUUAGCAUCCCAUUUCAAUUGAUCUGUUUGAAUUUGGCUUGAUAGUCUUGGCUCCUGCUUUGCCUGGAACACAUUUGAUUUUUUUCUCUAAAAUCACUGGUAAGCAGCAGAGGACUCCAGUGAAGAGAUUGUUCACUCUGAGAGCAGUCCCCAGGAAUUAUGCUUCCCAGAGGAGCUGUAACCACCUGGAUCUGUAGGAUGUGUAAUAUGAGUGGCUAAAAUGGAUGUCAGGCUCUGUUCUUGUGAGGAAGGACCAUCAUGUUGUAGGAAGAGGGCCAGGCAUUUCCUUUGUUACUUGCUGUGUUUAACCCUGAGUCUUUCCAUUGGCUUUUAGACACAGACAAUGCUCAAAUCAUUUUUAUAUUUACUGUGAUGUGGGUGUCCCUCUUGUACCUUGUGAAAUAAGACCUGCUAAUGCCUAUUGUUUCAGUCUGGCCAUGGAGUGUCUGGCUGGAACUGGAUGCUGCAGCUCCUUUCAUUUUUCUUCCUCCUGUAGAACACUGGUUUAUAUCUGAGAGUGGCUGAACACUACUGAAAGACUAAGCAGUAUAGCCAGGGACAGAUUUUGUGUCUACAGCUUUGUGUGGCUAUUCCAGAAUUUCCAUUUCCUACAGCAAAAGUUACUUCUUGCCUGUAAUAAGCUGAGAAUGGUUGGGAAUGUGCAUUAGUUCACUUGUUUCACUCAUCCUCAGCUGAACAGCCUAAACCAAUAUUUUCAAGAGAUGUGAGUAGGAGUUCUCAUUGCAGUUACAAGCCACUCUGAAAGCUGUUCCUGGUGACUGCAAAAUUCAUCAUAGUGAGGACUGGCUGGGAAUCUUGCCUGGAUCCCAAACCAGCCCUUCCAGGUUUGGAAGAGGACAAAGCCAACAAAAUGUCAAUUUGCUCAGCCCUACCCGCCCCUUCUCCUAGAAUGAAGAAAAUAAUUGUGUGUUUUUUGAGAAAUGCGCAUUUUCAGAAAUAGGGUUUUGGAUGUGGUCUGGUGGCAGUCCCUACCCCAGCUCACAUCAUCUGCCUACAGCAUUCCCAAUCUGAAUGUGACACUGAGCACUGGGUUUUAUGUGCUGCAAUCUCAAAAGGUUUGGGGAGUGAAUGAGCACAGUGAAAUUUUUGAAAUGGCCAAUCCUUUUAUAUUUAAGCUUUUGGAUAAAAUAGAAACUGAGAAUGGUCUGUUUUAUUUCCAUGCUCAUACAUUAAACUUGCCAGAUACAAUUGGGCUUGGACUUUUGAAUGGUGAUUUCUUUCCUAUCAGAAAGAGGAGGAGAGGGUAGGAACCUGAGAGUACAUGGAUGGCCAGAUUCAUCCUCUCUGUGCUCAUGCUGGCUUUGGAGCCGAACCAGAGUUAAUCACAGACAGAUUUUUUUCCCAGUGCUGCCUUUGGAAGAAGCAGUGACAGCCCUUGACCAUGUGGCAGGUGUCCCACCAAGGUGAAGAGCCAUCCAUCCUUAUGUGACCCUCCCUAUUGCAUCUGCAAUCCAUGCUGCACUGGUAUCUUGGAAUCCCAGCAUUCCAGGCUCC